UCUAUCUCGCCGGCUCAACACUCGCCCUAGAAAUGAGGCAAGUGCUGAUUUUUAGAAACACAGCGGCAAGAGACUGAAGACUGGACGCCGGUGAAGUCGAGACAGGACGCUCUCUGCCCGCAUCCGCAGCGCACCAUGAGGGAAAUCGUUCACAUCCAGGCUGGGCAGUGUGGAAAUCAGAUUGGGGCGAAGUUCUGGGAGGUGAUAAGUGAUGAGCAUGGCAUCGAUCCCACCGGUAGUUACCAAGGUGACAGUGACCUGCAGCUGGAGAGGAUAAAUGUCUACUACAAUGAAGCAUCAGGGAGUACAGGUAGCAAAUUUGUCCCCCGUGCCAUUCUGGUGGACCUGGAGCCAGGAACCAUGGAUUCAGUUCGCUCCGGCCCGUUUGGACAAUUAUUCAGGCCUGACAACUUUGUCUUUGGUCAAAGUGGAGCAGGGAAUAACUGGGCCAAGGGUCAUUACACCGAGGGAGCUGAGCUGGUUGACUCGGUCCUGGACGUGGUGAGGAAGGAGUCUGAGAAUUGCGACUGCCUCCAGGGCUUUCAGCUCACCCACUCUCUGGGCGGAGGUACAGGCUCAGGAAUGGGCACACUGCUCAUCAGCAAGAUCCGCGAGGAGUACCCCGACCGCAUCAUGAAUACCUUCAGUGUCAUGCCUUCCCCGAAGGUGUCCGACACUGUGGUGGAACCCUACAACGCCACUCUCUCUGUCCACCAGCUGGUGGAAAACACAGAUGAGACCUUUAGCAUUGACAAUGAGGCCCUGUACGAUAUUUGCUUCCGCACCCUCAAGCUGACCACACCUACCUACGGAGACCUAAACCACCUAGUAUCAGCCACCAUGAGCGGGGUGACCACCUGUCUCCGCUUCCCUGGCCAGCUCAACGCUGACCUCCGUAAGCUGGCUGUCAACAUGGUCCCCUUCCCUCGCUUGCAUUUCUUCAUGCCGGGCUUUGCGCCUCUCACAAGCCGGGGCAGUCAGCAGUAUCGUGCCCUAUCUGUGCCAGAGCUCACACAGCAAAUGUUCGACGCAAAGAAUAUGAUGGCAGCCUGUGACCCUCGCCACGGACGCUACCUCACCGUGGCGGCCAUCUUCCGUGGCCGUAUGUCCAUGAAGGAAGUGGAUGAGCAGAUGUUGAGCGUGCAAAACAAGAACAGCAGCUACUUUGUCGAAUGGAUUCCAAACAAUGUCAAGACCGCUGUUUGCGACAUCCCACCCCGUGGUCUCAAGAUGUCCGCCACCUUCAUUGGCAACAGCACGGCCAUCCAGGAGCUGUUCAGGAGGAUCUCGGAGCAGUUCACAGCCAUGUUCCGCCGCAAGGCCUUCCUCCACUGGUACACCGGAGAGGGAAUGGAUGAGAUGGAGUUCACUGAGGCUGAGAGCAACAUGAACGACCUGGUGUCUGAGUAUCAGCAGUACCAGGAUGCCACCGCAGAUGAGAUGGGUGAAUAUGAAGAAGAUGAAAUAGAGGAUGAGGAAGAUGUCCGCCACGAUGUUCGCCACUGAUUAUAAAACACUAACCUGACAUUCUGAGUGAACCAGUCCCUCCAAAUAGUAAUUGUUGUUGAACAGUGCAGUGAGAUCACAAGAAGCACGCUAUAGAUGCAAAUGUUCAACUACAUAUUGCAGUGUGCAGAUCAUGAUGAAAUAUAGCUGUUUAGCAAAAAUUAUGCUGCAUAUAGAUAUGGCUUUUAAUGACAAAGAUCACGAGUGGUAUUAGAAUUUAAAAUUAUGCAAGUAUUAUAGUAUUUGGUUUUCAGAGUCAUGCUUUGCAAGUGUCAAAAAAGAAGUCUUGUCCUAAACACAGUUUUGUAACAUUUAUUUCAACAUGCUUUCACUGUCUCAAAUAAAACAUCCACUCCUGUCAA